AUGUCUAUAGCUAACAAACAAACAUUAGCAACAGCUAAAAAUCUAAUUAUAAUUCUCUCAUCAAUUCUCUGCGUGUGUCUAAAACUGCAACCGAGUCAUAUCAAUUGUCAUCCCGACACUAACUCGCCGUUGGGAAAUAUAACAAUUAGUCUUAAUCUUGCAAUUCUACCCGACAAACUCUGUUUUGUUUGGAUUUCAACUCGAGAUACAAAUUUGAGAAAAUUCAACCUUCCGAAAUAUCAUCGCUACGGUAUAGAACUACGGACCACCAAGUUUUCAAGUCAUGCACUUAUUUGCAUUUUACUAUCUGGCGAUAUUGCUACUAAUCCUGGUCCUAACACUGCUCCUUCUACCGGCUUAAAUGUUCUUUAUCUGAAUGCUCGAAGUAUUAAAGCUUUCGUCCCCCUUGAUGAUGACCCUUCACGCAAAAUUUGCAAAAUGUCCAUUCUACAGGAGUUGGUUUAUAGUAAUGACUAUGAUGUUGUCUCUAUAUGUGAAACAUGGCUGAACGACUCAGUUAUGUCGGCAGAAAUCCUUACGGGCUACAACAUUUAUCGGAAAGAUCGACCUGGCAGAACUGGUGGAGGUGUCCUAAUUGCUGUUAAGUCUGACAUCCGAUCCAGUCAUCGAAAAGACCUCGAGAGAGACAAUAUCGAAUUCGCUGUUGUUGAACUCGUUAAGGAUUACAAUAAAUCAGUUAUUCUCUACACAGUAUAUCUUCCAGAACUUCAACAAGAUGAACUGCAUCAACUCAAUUCAUCUUUACAAGAGAAUUCUGAAUCAGCUUCUGUGGUCGUAGUUGGCGAUUUUAACCUUCCCACCCUCAACUGGUCACCUGAUGAAUCUUCUCUUGAACACAACUGGGGAUCAACAGAGAACAAUGAAUUCUGCAUCCAUAUGAAAGAUAAUUUUCUCCAACAGUUUAUUAAAGGGCCCACUCACAUAGCAGGAAACAAACUCGAUUUGCUACUAUCAAACUGGCCUGAAAUGAUUGAGCAUGUUUCCACUCUCACCCCGGAGGAAAGCACAUUUCCCUCUGAUCAUUACCUAGUGAAUUUUUCCAUACGGCUGAAGUUUAAACGAGCAAGGCGUGUGCAGCGCAAAGCUUACAAUUACAAGAGAGCAGAUUUUCAAGAACUUCAUAGACUUUUACAGAAUGCUACACUAGAUAUACCACUUUCUGACAAUAUUAAUAUUUCCUGGUCUCGGUGGAAGGAUUUAUUUCUAGCUGCAGUAGAAAAAUGCGUUCCUGUUAAAGUCAUUAAAGAUACAAACUCUCCUCCCUGGAUUGAUGGAGAAAUCAGGCACCUAAUGCGAAAAAAGUAUCGAGCUUUCAAAAAUUAUCGCAAAACUAGAUCCGAAGAACGUAAAAAAAAACUCAGAUCUCUAAGUAAUUCCAUGAAAAUCCUUGUUCGACGUAAACAUCGUGAUUACCUUCACAAAAUCCAAGGUUCCUUCAGUGAAAAUCCUAAAUUAUUUUGGAACUAUCAUAAAGCAGUAUUACACCAUCGCUCAGGGGUUGUCUCUAUUAUUACGAGUAAUGAAAUAACAGCCAAGACACCAGCAGAGAAAGCUGAACUAUUUAACACGUACUUUUGCUCUGUUUUUACUUCACCCAGCGCAGUGUCCAGUUUGCCCUCUUCCCCCAUAAGAUCGGAUAUAGAAAUCUCUGAUAUAGAGCUAACAGUGGACGAAGUGUCAGUUUGUUUGUCUAGUUUAGACACAUCUAAAGCCACCGGUCCUGACGGGAUACCCGCCGCAUCCUAA